GCGCAAGUCGGCGGGACUGUGCGGAGCGGGCUCCCGAGCGGCUGCGGCGGCGCUGGGGGCUCCGGGCCGCUUCCCGGAGAGGAGGACGCGGUGUCACCGCCAGACUCGGUUUCCUUCCCGGAGGAGCCGGCCUCGCCCGGUCGGGGUCGCGGUUGAAGAGUUCGGGUUUCGGGGUCAGAGCCCCAUGGCCUCAGCCUACGGAGUGAUGGGAGAUGAGGGCUCUAUUGAUUACACUGUUCACGAAGCCUGGAACGAAGCCACCAAUGUUUACUUGAUUGUUAUCCUCGUUAGUUUCGGGCUCUUCAUGUAUGCCAAGAGGAACAAAAGGAAAAUUAUGAGGAUAUUCAGCGUGCCACCUACAGAAGAAACUUUGUCAGAGCCCAACUUUUAUGACACAAUAAGCAAAAUCCGUUUAAGACAACAGCUGGAAAUGUAUUCCUUGGCAAGGAAAUACGACUGUCAACAGCCACAAAACCAAGGUGAUAGUGUGCAGCUCUCCUUGGAAUGAAGCCUUAGAAAAUGAGCGACAUAAGGGAUUGUUGUUAAACAAUACGGCAGCAACCGCCUGAUUCUACUAAAUCAUGGACAGCAUUGUAAAAACCUCUGUCUGCAUAAAAUCAUUUCACCUGUGA